AUGAUAUUCUCAGAAAAGGAGCCUUCCUCAAUCGAAUCAACACGAGGUGUCGGGAGGAGCCAACUCUUCGGCGACCAACACAACGAAACGCCCCGCAAUCGUUGUUGGGCACCGCGAGGAGUAGUCGAAGAAUGGACUGCUGGGAAGUAUGCUCUCGAGGUUGCCAAGCAGAGCGGAUUCAUCACACUCGCAUUCGGUCCGACCUGCCAAGGAGAGAGCGGAGCUCCCCCCCUCCGUUACUUAGAAGAUCCAUACCAGCGCGCGAGCGAUGUCAGGAUCGCCGUAACGUACCUCUCCACGCUGGAAAUGGUCGACGCCAACAACAUUGACGCCUUGGGCAUUUGCGCCUCGGGAGGCCACGUCCUUUUCGCUGCGCAGACGGAUAAGCGCAUCAAGGCCGUGGGCACAGCCAGGGCCGUUGACUUGGGAACACUGAACGCUGAAGGCUUCGGCUUAUGGUGGUCCGGUUGUACCUACGUUGAACAGGCAGUUGGCGGAAGCUGGUCUUCAGCGAAUCACCGAAGCCGUCACGAGAGACGCAUCAUCGUUAUAGUUAGAGAAUACAACGGACUCUACGGACCAAACGGGCCGGGCAUGAGUAAAACCAAGGCCAUCCGCAACGACCAGAGCUACGGAAUUGGGCAAAAACCCAUCCCAAAAGACGGCAGGGAUGCCUCGUUGCGCAUGCGAUGA